ACAGUUGUCAGAGUGUGGGAGGGGUACCAAAUGAGCUAAUGGGUAGGAAAACACUCUGUGACCUGGAAACACUGUGCAUCAGCGAAGUGUCCAUGAGGGUCCCUUGUCUCCAAGGUUGGGCUGCAAUCUGUCUCUGUCCUCCAGACCUGACCCAGAAACCAGAGCUUCACAUCCCAGAGAUUCUUGUAGCUGACGAGUCUGUGACCUUGACCUGUAUCAUCAAAGGCACCUGCAAAGAAACCAAAGCACCAUUCCUCUCCUGGGAAAGGCCCACCACAUCAUCCAACACAGACGGCUCCAGGAACUCCUCCUCCUCCUCAGUGCUGCACUUCACCCCGAAGCCUGAGGACCAUGGCACCACCCUCAGAUGUCAUUUGAACUUCUCCUAACUAACUUGGCCAAAAGUAGCAUGGUCACGCUCCAGCUGGUCGCACCUGCCAGGCUGCUCUAUUCCUCUUGUUCCUUGGAGAAGACUCUGCAGUGCAGCUGUUCCUUCUAUGGGAUCCCCACACCCUCUGUGCAGUGGUUGAUGAAAGGUGUUCCUGUGGGUGUGAACAGCAUGGGUAACAUCCUCCAGGUGACUUCCACCAUAAUUGCCCCCUGGGCCAACAGCACCAUCAACCUCCUCGGGGAGCCAGAAAUACUCAUGAGUCUCCGCUGUGAGGGGAAGAACCAAUAUGGAAUCCAUACUUCAAGCAUCUUCCUUAUACCAGAUAAGAAUUCAGUUUCCAAUGCGUUCAUGAAAGGGCUGAUCCAGGGCAUUGUGUAUGGAUCCAUUGCAUCUGCACUGCUCUUCUUCUUCCUUGUCCUCCUUGCAAUGAAGGCGCUUAAAUGGUGGGAGAAGAGUCAAAUUCCCAAGGCUGAAGAGGCCCUGAUCCUCAAGAAACCAGAGCUACUGGAGAAGCCAGAAACACCCAAGGAGUCUGAAGCUGAAAUUCCAUGGGCCUUGGUCGGAGGGCUCUUGAGAAAGAAGACCGUGGCCACAGAAGCUCCGGAUGGAUUGUGACAAACAUGGCCUCACAGACAUGUAGAUCCACUGGCCCAGUCAUACCUGCACAGAUCUGCAGAGCAGGAGCGGCGACUCCAUCUCAGACUCUUAAGAUCAGAGGCUGCAGCUCAGCGCUCACUCAUUC